AUGACGAGCGACGAUCAGUUCUUCCUUGACUACCUCGCGUCGAUACCGCAUGACGUAAGGCGAUACUCGCUUCAGGUCGCCGACUCGAUCGAUCGCCAGGUCGACUGGGCAGCAGCCACAAUCCGAGAAACCCUUGCACAGCAAUCAUGGCUUCCUCCAUCCGUUCGACCGUCGUUACGCACCCAGGAUAUGCGCUCGCCGCCGCGUGGGUUGACUGAUCGGGUCCACGAUUGGAUGACUCGGCAUCGUGCGUUGACCGCAGCUAUCGUUGCGUUCGUUGGUACUGGAUGUGUCUUGUUGUAUGGAAACAAAAGGUUGAAUAGCAAGCGGAGGAAGGCUAGGAAAGCGGGUAAUGGGUCGCGGAAGGAGAUCGUUGUGGUUGCCGGAUCACCGCAUGAACCGAUGACACGAGCUAUUGCUGCUGAUCUGGAGCGCCGGGGAUACAUUGUAUAUGUGACUGUAUCGUCUGCGGAGGAGGAACACAUCGUUCAGUCCGAGCACCGGGCAGAUAUCAAAGCUUUGUGGCUGGAUUUGACAACGACCUCUUCCAAUCAAUCCGAACUCCACCCCUCGCUCCACGAGCUUCGCGCUCUGAUCACACAGCCUCAGUCUCCCCUCCCGGGGAUGCCCCCGCACACCUGUCAACUGAGCGGUGUCAUCAUCGUCCCAUCACCAAACUUCGCUGCCGGCCCCGUCGCUACCAUCCCAGCCUCAUCAUGGGCCGACACCGUCAACACCCGUCUCCUCUCUCCCAUUCUCACCGCACAGGUCUUCCUGCCUCUGUUGACCCUCCGCAGCAACAGCAGCGCUCUCAUCUUCGCCUACCCAUCCAUCUCAUCAUCUCUUUCCGCACCCUUUGCCGGGCCCGAAGUCACCACGACGCGGGCUAUUUCAGGCUUCGCGACCUCCCUCCGCCAAGAACUCCGUCUUCUCGAGAACGGGAAUGUCGAUGUUGUCGAGCUCCGGCUUGGAAACAUUGAUCUGGGCCCGUCUUACCGAAAUGCGCAGAACCACAUCCCUGGCACGGAAGUCCUGGCGUGGAGUGUGCAACAGCGGGCGCUGUACGGCUCCCAGUAUUUGAACAGCGUUGAGCAGCGACCCGUUGCUUCCGCGGGACCUGCUGCGAUUCGUGGUUCCCCUGCGCGAGUUCUUCAUCACGCUGUGCUGGAUGCCCUGGAACCGGCGACUCGUAACAUCUUCGGACGUCGUGCGCAUAAAAAGCCUAUCCUGUAUGUAGGCCGAGGUGCGAGGUCUUACAGCCUGAUCGGCGACUGGAUGCCCAGUGGGUUGGUGGGCUUGAUGAUGGGCUACCGCAGCGGACAGACCGUGGGAGCGGGCAGCCCCAGCAGCGGCAGUGAGAACAGCUGGGAGCGUGUCUAA